CCGCUCGGCCCCACGUGACGCCCCCGGCCGGUCUCCAGGCAACGGCGCCCGCCGCGGAGGGGCCUGGCGGGCCGGGCCAUGGCGCCGCCGCCGCAGCCGCUGCCGCCGGGGCUGUCCCUCGGCCGCACCUUAGGGAAAGAAAAGUUCCACAAGUCACAGCACUGGGGUUUCUGCAAUAAUGUUGCUAUGCUGGUCGGUGAAGAUAAACCUGGAAUAGGAGGAGAACCGUUACCGGGACAGAAGCUGAAACCUAAAUACAGCGUGUUUCCUGCAGGGAUGGGAAGUGAUGCUCCUGCUUGGGUAGCAUUUGACAAGCAGGUAUUGUCUUUUGAUGCCUAUGUAGAAGAAGAAGUGCCUGACAAAAAUCAAGAGUUAUAUAGAAUAAGACACUGUAAAAUAUACUUCUACCUUGAAGAUGAUACAAUUCAAGUGAUUGAACCCCAAGUGAAAAAUAGUGGCAUAAUGCAAGGAACUAUUGUUCGACGUCACCGGAUUCCACUUCCACCUCCUAACGAAGAUGAGUACUAUACUAUAGAUCAUUUCAAUAUCAACACAGAAGUAGUCUUUUAUGCCCAAAGCUAUAAGAUUACUGAUUGUGACCAGUUCACAAAAAAUUUCCUGAGGAAGAUGGGAGUUAGAUUGAAUCCUCCAGCAAGUCGUCCAGAUGACCCAUAUACCAAAGAGCGGCAAAAGAUUCUUGAUAGUAUGAACCCUUUGCGCCCUUAUGAGCGCAUUGACACUUUGAAACAAUUCCUGGAGCAUGAUGGACAUGUUUUACGUUUUUUCUGUGUGUGGGAUGACCCAGAAUCCAUGUUUCAUGACCCGCGGGAACUGGUUCUGCACUAUUACUUGUCUGAUGAUACAAUUGAUAUAAAAGAAAUUACACCAGUAAAUUCAGGUCGGGAUGCAGUUCCGCUUUUUCUCAGAAGAGAUAAACUUCCAAAGUAUGCUCCAACCGGGUUGUAUCAGCCAGGCACAAUCACCGCUCGCACUGUUCUCAACGUGUUUGGAAAUUUAGUGGGAAACAGAGGCCGUUACAUUCUGGACAAUCGUAAGACAGGAGCAGUGCAUCAGGAAUUUUACAGAGACAGUGACCUGAAAAUAGGGGAAGUAAUUAAUGUUUGGGGAAGGAAGAUAUUACUCUGUGAUUGUGAUGAAUUCACUAAAGAUUUUUACAGAACAAAGUAUGGAAUCGAGGAUUUCACCCCUGUUCCAUAUAAAACUCCAUCACCACCAAAACCAGAAAAAACAUUUCCACCAUAUACUGGAUUUGGUUCUGAAGAGGAUUCGUUAUGCUCCUGUAUGGGUCUUCUUCCCAAGCCUCCCCAAAAAGAUUUCAAGAAAUUCAUGGAGAGAGACAGAAGUGGUCUGGAAAGUAACAUACUGCGCUUUCUUGCAAAAUUUGUUACUGAUAGUCCCAUCGACAAGGAUCGCAAAUUCAUUAUUUGCUACUUCCUGAGUGAUGACACCAUUUCAGUUUAUGAACAUGCACAGCGAAACUCAGGGAUACUCGGUGGGAAGUUUUUGGAAAGAGGUCGCAUUAAGAAGCCUGGGCAGGAGCUCUUUAAGAGUGAGCCAUCUGAAUACUUCAAGGCUCAGGAUCUGUUUGUUGGAGCCAGAGUUUGUUUCCAUGGCCACAACUUUCUUUUGGUGGAUGCUGAUGAGUACACUAUCAACUAUAUGGAGAAGCAUGCAAAUGAGUUCUCUGUGGCUGAUACUGGUUUCAUCCUCAAGAAACUGAAAGACAUAGCUGAACCUCGUUCACGAGAAAUCAGACAGGUGUUUGCAGCCACAGACCCGGAGCAUACCAAGGUGAUUGAGUAUGAGCCUUUCAGAAAUUUGAUAGUCAGUAUCACGGAUGGAGCAUUUUCAGAACAUGAAAUUAUGACUCUUGGGCGCUAUUACGGUGUGAAAGAAGAAUAUGAAACAGACCUCCACCUCCUCCUUGCAGUGGCUCAAGAACAACUGAAGAAAAAAAGCUUUGAGAAUUUUGGGCAACUGUCUGCAGUACUUGCAUACAAUGAUCGUGAAAAAUGUGGGGUGCUGCCCUAUCAGAUGUGCAGGACUAUUUGCAAGUCUUUUAAGUUGCCACUGGCUGAUGACCUUCUGGAAGCUGUACUGACCAUGUUUGAAGAUGACAAUAAGCAAGUGGAGUAUAAAAAAUUUCUGGAUGGGCUGAACUGGAGAGAGAAUCAAAUACCUGCAUUCCAGACAAUAAAACUUCCUCUCAAGAAUGAAGAUGAUUGGAAUGGACAGCCACCAUCCCUUCCUUUUAAAAAAAUCAAAUACUUGCCUCUUCUGGAUGAUCUGUUUGGCAAGGAAGAAUGACCUGAUUUGCACAAGUUACAGCUUUUGGAUUAGUGUUUCAGCUCCAAAACUUAUUAGAUGCUGAAGAUAUUUCUUGUAAAACAAAAAUAGAUUGGCUGUAGGUUUUAUUACAUUUUGUUUCUUAUUCUAACA